UACACCAGGUCACAACACCCAGCGUGGGAACCAAGCCCAGGCUCUGCCUGGGGAGAGUGUGGGGUGGAUUUAGUCUCCAGCACACGCACACACGCACACACACCGUACCUGGAAUUUUGUUUUAAUCCCCCGGGGCGCCGGACACGCCCCAGCCUCUUACCCCGGGGCAGGAUCUGCCCCGACCUCUCCCCACCCCCGGGCAGGCCCAGGCCCGACAUGGGCCGGUGAUAACAGGAAAUAACACGAAUUUCCCGAACAGUCCGAGCCCCACGGAGUUGCGCGGCUCUUCACGGGACAGGAGCCCCGGGGCCCAGCGCCGGGCAGAGGCCGAUCCGCGGACGCCGCGCAGCACGAGCGCCCCGUGGCCUGGAAGGGCUCGUGGCCAGGACCCGGCCGCCGCGCGACACACCAGCAAUUAACGGCUCCUGUGGAGCCAAGGGGCCGCGCGCGUCACAGCCAGUCAGUCAGCGUCUCCGCGUCGCUUUGCCCCCGCCACCCACGGGGGGGCGCGCGCGCGCUGAGAAGCGCGGAAUGCCCCCAGGGACGCGCCGUUUCUAUGGGGACCGGCAUCAACGGCAGAGCGUCUGUGGCGGUUGUGGCCCCUCCACCUGCUCCCAGCCGGGCCCCCGCCAUGUCCCGGCGGCGGUGCGCAAGCGCCGGGCUGAGCUGGCAGCAGGACCAGGCGCUGGGCAGCACCAUGCGCAUCGUGCGGGAGCUGGGCCCCACCGGCUUCGUGCUGCAGGAGGAGGGAGGGCCCGCGCACCGGGUGUUCCUGGGGGAGCCGCACUCCUGCACCUGCGCCAUGUUCCUGAGGGAGAAGGACCUGUGCAGCCACAUCUGCUGGAUAUUGUUGAAAAAAUUCAAAAUUCCAAGAAACCAUGAAUAUGCUUUUCAGCUGGGUCUUCUGGAAGGAGAGAUCAAUGAUAUACUUCAGCAAGAACAGACACUCCCUCCAAGAGCAAACACUCUCUCCACCAAAACAUUACAGAAAGAGGAUGAUGGAUACAUUAAUCAGAAAGAAAUUGAUGCAGAGGAUGUCUGUCCUAUUUGCCAGGAAGAGUUACUAAAGAAAAUGUUUCCCAUCACUUAUUGCAGGUACGGAUGUGGAAACAAUGUUCACAUCACAUGUAUGAAGAUUUGGGCUGAUCACCAGGGUGAAUUAGAGAGUGACUCUGUGGUGAAGUGUCCCCUCUGUAGAGAAGAAUUUGCACCAUUAAAGCUCAUUUUAGAAGAAUUCAGGAACUCCACUCAGCUUGUGACUGCAGCAGAGAAAGUCAGACUUGACAAACACCUUGGACUUCCCUGUAAUAACUGCAGAGCAUUUCCAAUUGAGGGAAAAUGCUACAAGUGCACUGAGUGUAGUGAAUAUCACCUAUGCCAUGAAUGCUUCACUAGCUUUUGCCAUCCUCCACAUGUUUUCACCUUUCGACAGAAGAGAAAUCAGAAGUGGAGGUCACUUGACCAAGUUUCACAAUUGUCAACUUCAGGAGGAAAUUUAAAAAGCGUUAAUCCAGGCGAUAAUUCUAAAGAAGAGAUGUUACAUCUUCAGGAGAAGUCCAGUUGCAUCCCAAAGCACAUUGUAAAAUCUUUACCUCUGAUGUUGAUUAGAAAAUGUAGCAACUUUCUUGCUCCAGGUUUGCAAUGUAGGCUCUGCUUGAAGAUCUUUUGUCUUGGUCAGUAUGCAAGACUCUUGCCAUGUAAUCACAAGUUCCACAGAGAAUGUAUUGACAACUGGUUAUUGCACCAAAAAAAUGCAUGUCCUAUUGAUGGAUAUAUUGUAUAUAAUCCAUUAACCUGGAAGGAUAUAUCCGCCAAUCGUGAUGUUAAUCAGCCAGGAUCUCAAACAAAUACUACCAAACUUGCAAAGCAGAUGGAACCAGAGCUUUUCAUACCUGGAAUUGGAUUGUUCUUCAAGCAAACAUUAUUAGGCCACCCACUUGAAAAAUCUCAAGAUAGCCUCCAAAGACUUCAUAACAAUAAAGCCCCACCACAUUCUCAACAGGGUUUAAUUUUAAAUGGUAUAAGCUACUUUCAUUUAGGAGAUUCUGAUUCUAGUCAGCACAGCAUUGAUAGAAAUUUAAAUCUGCAAUUUUCCAGGCAUGGUAAGGAUUUAGCCCAUAAGCCUUUCCAGAAAACACUCUCUCAAAAAUCCUAUUCUGUUACAUCUAGAAAAGAUGCGAUUUCUAAUAGUACGAGAGGCUUAAAUGGAACUUGUACGAAUAAAGAAAAAGGAGCAGAAGUGUGCUAUGACCAUGCUAACCCAAACAAAGUAGUUUCUUUUGAAGACAGGAAUAACCAUGACAUUUCAGCAUGUGUAAGAUUUCCUGGGAAAUUGAACUUUGAGGAUAAUUUGGGGGGUACAAUUGACUGUACGUUCCCAAAAGGGGACAGUAAGUGUGUGGGAAAAGCCAGUCAGCAGAGAAGACUUCUAGCAAGACCACCUAAGCGUAAGCCUCUGGGCCUUAAAACUACAGAAGUAGCUUUAUUCAUGGAAGGAAUUCCACUGCACAACAAGUCAUAAUAUAAAGAAUGUAUGAAGUGUUUAGAAAACACCUAUAUUUUUAUAGUUUUAAACUAACGCUUUUUUCUGAGAUUUUAUUUUCCAUUAGUGUAUUCCCUAGAGGCUGUUUCUACCAAGUUUAAAGGUCCUUUACACCAUGGACUGGAGUCCCAAGAAUCAGAUCCAAUAACUAACCUGGGGUGAAUAAAGUGAAGCUAAAAGCUGAAGUAUUUAUUGCAAAAAUACUAAUAAUUUUAAAACUUACAGCUCUUAGGUGGCUAGUCAAGGAUAUAAUGCAAGUCUUUCCUGUUCUCUCAGCAAUUCUAAGUUACUAUGUUGAAAUAAAAUAUUCAGAUUUUAAGUGAAAGACUACAAAGUGGGCUUUAGAGUACUGUAAAGCAGAUUUGAUAUACACAUCUCACUUAACAUAGAAAUCCACAAUACUAUUUUUAGUUGCUUUUCAGAGUAGAAUCACACCAUUGAAGAUCAAAGUUUGAUGCACCAUUUUUUAACCUCCAAUUAACUUCAGCCAAAAAAAGAGGAACUUAAUAUGUUGCAGGGGACCAAAUAUCAGGGUCUUUAAUUUAUUUGAAAUUAAUUGGAGCAAGUAUUUUAUCUAGUUAUAUCAAAUUAUGUCCGACUAGUAUUUACAUAUUGCUGAAAUACUAAUACUGAACCCGCCAUUUUCAAUAAAAUAAAGAUUUGACAGAACCUAUUUAUAAUAUUGAAUUAUAUUAAAGCCAUUCUUUCUCUGCUGACAUUCUAACUCUUUUCCUAUACAUUUCCAU